CAGCUGCAGAAGAGAUUUCGAAACUUUUCAACCUUCCUCAUACUUAUAUAUGUUAGCAGUGAGCACAGCCACACACUUCCUUUGUCUGGCUGAUAGCUACUGAAACUUAGCCAUGGAGCGACUUGCACUGAUAAAAACCUUUCUGGUAUUCUCUGGAGUAUUACUACAGAUGAGUUAUGUGCAUGGAGUAACAUCAUCACCUGAUGCCAAUCUAGUAUCCAAUACUACAACAACCCUACAUAUAGCACCUAAUGCAACCACUCAUGCACCCAACACAACAACUCCUCAUACAACACCUAAUACAACCACUCAUGCACCCAACACAACAACAACUCCUCAUACAACACCUAAUACAACCACUCAUGCACCCAACACAACAACAACUCCUCAUACAACACCUAAUACAACCACUCAUGCACCCAACACAACAACAACUCCUCAUACAACACCUAAUACAACCACUCAUGCACCCAACACAACAACUCAUCAUACAACAGUUAAUACAACCACUACACCUGGCACUAAACCACCAACUCCAACAUUGCCACCAAAACCAACACCACCUUCCAUUGGAAACUACUCUGUAAAAAUGGAUAAAGAUAAAGGACCCUGCAUAAUUGCAGUGAUGGGAUUGGAGCUAGAACUGGAUAAGGUAUGAGUACAUUGUAGAGUCAAAUAGU